UGUUUCCUUUCUUUUCAGUUAAUUAUGUUUGUUGUUCUUAGUCAGUUAGUCGAUUAAUUUUGGUUGCUAGGAUAGUUAGCUUGCAUGCUGUUAGGUAGCUAGGUUGUGGUUACAAGAUUCUAGGCCUGAUAAGUGUUCGGUUCCUGUUUACUUUUUGCUUGCUAGUUAUUUGGUUGUUGUGUGGUGAUGGCCUGUGUUAUUUUUGUUCCUGCUAUGCUGCUUUCUCCAUGCUGCCUUGCUACACUUUACUUGUGAAAUUGUACUUGCUGCUGCCUGAACUUAUGCUUUCAUGCCUCAUAUGUAAUUUUUGCUAGGGUUUGUUGUUCUGAUUUCUCCACUAUUGUUGCGAUCUGCUACUUUUUUUUUGCAAUUGUCUCUAAGCGUACUUGAUUUUCUGGAUUUAGAGUUAUUUUUUAUUGAAUUUCUGGAUUUGAAUUUUAAAUUCGUGCUUGAUCUGUAAUUUCUGUUUAAUUCUUCUUAUUGUUGUUGUGGUUGAAAUUCAAAAUUGAAAUCUGAUUCUUCUUCUUCGUCAAUUUCAUAUUCUGGAUUUGUUGAUUUGUGAACUGAUCUUGUGAAAUUGAAUUUGUGAUCUGUUGUUGGAUUUGUUUUGUUGCUAAAUUGCUUGUUGAAUCUGAAUUUGCAUCAAUUUUGGCCUCUCUUUUUUCUUGAAUUUCUGUUGAUGUUGCUGCGAGUCUUGUUCUGUUGAUAGCUGAGAUUUGGUUGCCGUUGUUGCCUUAGUCUAGCUUUAAUCUCUUCCCACUCAAUUUUUCAGUAGCAAUUUCGAAUGUUUUCAAAUUGGCAAAUGGAUUGAGCACCUUCCAUAACUGAAACCAUCUUAGAGCUUUCCCUUUCAAACCUCUUUCCACCUCUAUGAAUCUCUGCUCCUCAGGUGUCCAUCCAUAACCAUCUUUCCCAUUGAAUAUUGGAAAUGUAUUUUCAGAUUGUUGAGUCAUUUGUUUUCCCAUGAAAAAUGGAAGAAACCUCUCAGCGAGAGCACCAAUGUUAGAACUCCUUCUAUGAAUUAGGGAGAGAAACUCCUAAUUGAACCAAGUUCAAUAUCAAUUCAUUAAUUCCUUUAAGCUUUAAUACAUUGAUAAAAGUCUCUUAUCUAUAUUCUUAAAAGACUAAGUAAUUCUAUUGGGCAUAACUAGUACCCUUCCUAAUAUUAAAUAGUAACAUGUAGUGGCCACAUGAAUAUCAAAAGUAUGCAAAAUCAGCAGAGGAUGCUGUUGCUAAUGUUCUCAGAGCAGGUGUUUUAUUUGCCAUUUUCAUUUCAAAUGGAUAAAUGGUUAACUGAAUUCAACUUUUGUGCUGUUGAAUAAAGCAAGGGAUUAUGAAUAUAAAUGAAUGUGAUAAAAUUGUGAAUAUGAAUAAAUAAGAUUGAUGACAAACUUGGAUGUUGGCAUUUUAUGUUUAGUUGGUUAUUUUUGUUAUUUGACUUGAGUUUGUAUUUUAAUGAAAUCAUAACAUUUUGGUUUUAUUUUGGAUGAUAUUUUAAAGUUUAUAUUAAACUAUAAUUAUGUUUUAAUGUAUUUAUUUAUAUUUUAAUUAUUAUUUUAUUAUAAAACGGUUUUUUCGGUUCAACCACGGUCAAACCGGUUGAACCUAUGAACCAGUGAACUAGUAACGAGAACGGUUCGAUGACCGGUUCGGUUUUCAGAACCUUGAUCGGGAUCUCAUAACCUUCGUUUGAAGAGUAUUCGUUCCUUGUUAGUGAAACGGCGUAACAAGAAAAAGAGAAAAAUGGAGAAGAGAGAAGACCUGAGAUCGAUUCUGCUGUACCUACCAGUGGUGAUGCGUUCUUCCACACUGUUUUGGCCGUCGCAUGUGGUUGAAGCGCUCAAAGAACUCGCCAGAGGACCUCUUCACAGUCACGUUGACUCAGGCCACAUCCUCUUCACCGCCAUUGAAGACAUCAGAAACUCUCUUUCUCUCUCUUCCAACUCCUUGGCUCCUUCCACUUCUCUUGGAUACUCCCUCUUCUUCGACGAGCUGAUGACUAGGGAGGAAUCAAGGAAGUGGUUUGAGGAGGUUGUUCCAGCAUUGGGGAGCUUGCUUUUGAGGUUGCCAUCUUUGUUGGAAGCACACUAUGAAAAUGCUGAUAAGGUUUUAAAUGUGGGAGCUAUGAUUGGAACCGGUCUUCGCAUGUUGGAUUCACAGGAAGCAGGAAUUGUGUUCCUUUCCCGGGAGUUGAUUGCUGCUCUUCUUGGGUGUUCGCUUUUUUGCCUAUUCCCGGACCAUGACAGAUACAUGAAACAGCUUCAAAUAAUCAAUUUCGAUCAAUUGUUUGCGAGUCUAUAUGAAGAUUACAGUCAAAAGCAGGAAAGUAAGAUUCGAUGCAUCAUUCACUAUUUUCAAAGGAUAAGUUCUGAUAUGCCUAAGGGUGUUGUCUCUUUUGAGCGAAAAGUACUACCCUUUGAAGGUGAUGCUGAUCUAAUUUCUUACCCAAAGUCUAACUUUUGGAGCACUUCGGCUAUACCUCUUUGCAAAUUUGAGGUUCACACUUCAGGACACAUAGAAGAUCAAUCAGGUGAAGCUGUUGAAGUGGAUUUUGCAAAUAAAUAUCUUGGUGGUGGUGCUCUUGGAAGGGGCUGUGUACAGGAAGAAAUUCGCUUCAUGGUCAGUCCAGAAUUGAUUGCUGGCAUGCUUUUCUUGACAGCCAUGGAGGAAAACGAGGCUAUAGAUAUUGUUGGCGUUGAAAGGUUCUCGAGUUAUACAGGGUAUGCAUCAUCAUUUCGAUUUUCCGGUGAUUAUGUGGAUGAAAGGGACGUAGACAAUCUUGGAAGACGUAAAACCAGGAUUGUUGCAAUUGAUGCAUUAUGUAGCCCAGGGAUGAGACAAUAUAGGGAAAAGUUUGUAUUACGAGAGAUCAAUAAGGCAUUCUGUGGUUUUCUAUACCAAUUUAAAUAUCAGAAGUAUCAGAAAAUAUUACAAGAGAAUGGAUGGUCAUCUGAACAGUUUGACGAUUCAACGCUAACAUAUAUGGAAACAAGUGAAGAAGAAAUUUCAAAUCAUGAAUUCGAAAAAUUUCAAAAUAACUACCAACGGAUGGAGCAGGGCAAUAAUAUUGGGGUUGCAACCGGAAACUGGGGAUGUGGUGCAUUUGGAGGAGAUCCUGAACUAAAGGCUAUAAUUCAGUGGCUUGCUGCUUCACAGGCCCUAAGACCUUUCAUAGCAUACUACACAUUUGGCUUGGAGGCGUUGCAGAACCUAGACGAGGUGGCUAGUUGGAUUUUGUCACAGAGAUGGACGGUUGGGGACCUGUGGAACAUGCUGAUUGAGUACUCGACAAAGAGAUCAAAAGGCGAAACUACUGUUGGCUUCCUUCGAUGGCUUCUACCAUCAUUGUAUGGUCAUGGUGCUAGGUCCUUUGAUGGAGAUGGGUGUUUGGUGACCUGAAGGUUCUUGGAUGGAUGAGUUUAGCUAUGUCUAUAUUUCUAGAAAAUGUUGUACUGUUUAUAAGAACUAAUGGAUUCAUUUAUUGUAUGUAAUAAUAACAAAUGUGAGGUUAUAGUAAGUAUUUGGUUUCCUAACCAA